AAGGCGUUUGCGUGAACCAUUCAUGUAUGUAAUGACUGACUACAUCUAAAAUCACCAGAGGACGACGUGUGUUCAAUUUUCCCUGAAGUUUCUCGUCACUAAAAGGAAUUUAGCCCGAAAAAUUUCUUCUAGUGUUCAAAGGAAGUUGAAGAGCAAACAAAAGUGAGAAAACCGCAUCAGCACCUAUCCGUUUGGACUAUAUCCUAAUAUCAUUUCCUUGACUUUUUUCGGGUUUUUGUGUGCUUUCGAGUGUGUGUGGAGGACAAUUUAACCCAUAUAUCUGUUGGAAAAUACUCCCCGGGAGCAAAAACAGCAUGUAAGGCAAGUUUCUUUUUCCUCCGAUGCAUUAAGAUUCUUUCAACCUCCAUCGUUCCCAUGUAAAGCUGUUUUCCCACAGGCGGUGAGAGUCCUACAGCCACUAAUGUAAGUCUUUGAUGCGAUACAUUUUCCCUCUCUCGCAGCACUGAUUCUUCCCUCCUCCCAGUUUCCCAUCACUCUUGUUCACCGCAUUUUAAGCAGCUGCCUAAUAAACUACUGGUCGGUUGAUAUAAAUGGAUUGAAGGGGGAAAUAAAAGAAAAUGCUUAUUCAGAUUGCUGCGAGAUGAAGUUGGAGACUCAAAAGAACAGCGGACACAGUUUGCGCAACUUCUGAUGCUGAUCCAUAGUUUUUUCUCUUUUUCUUCAUUCAUUAUUUUGAGACUUGCCGUUGAGAGAGGUGUGUAACCUGUGUGAAGCUGUUCAUGACGGAAACAAUGGCGCUGAGUGGAAACUGUAGGACUAACCUAAAAGACCCGGCAUUAGUCCAAAACAGUUUUCCAGAUGUUGUUGAAUUAAACGUGGGGGGUCAGGUUUAUUACACACGUCACUCAACUUUGGUGAGCACCCCAAAUUCAUUACUUGGUAAGCUAUUCUCCUCUAAAAAGGACGCCACAAACGAUUUAGCAAGAGACCCCAAAGGUCGUUAUUUCAUCGACAGGGACGGGUUUUUAUUUCGAUAUGUAUUGGACUACCUCCGAGACAAGCAAGUGGUCCUCCCAGACCACUUUCCCGAGAAAGGGCGGCUGAGAAAAGAGGCAGAGUACUUCCAGCUGCCGGACCUGGUAAAGCUAUUGACCCCUGAUGAUAUCAAGCAAAGCCCGGACGACUAUUUCCACAGCGACUUUGAAGAUGGGUCUCAGGGCAGUGACCAGAGGCAAUGCCCGCCACCCUCCCUUGUCCCCGCGGAUAGAAAGAGCGGCUUCAUCACGGUUGGGUACCGGGGGUCGUGCACCAUGGGUCGAGAGAGCCAGACUGACGCCAAGUUCAGGAGGGUACCUCGGAUACUAAUUUGCGGCAGGGUGGCACUCGCUAAAGAAGUGUUUGGGGAGACUCUGAACGAGAGCCGGGACCCAGACAGGACCCCGGAACGGUACACCUCCAGGUUUUAUCUCAAGUUCAAGCACCUGGAGAGAGCUUUUGACAUGCUGUCGGAGUGUGGUUUCCAAAUGGUGGCCUGCAACUCGUCUGUCACAGCCUCGUUUGUCAACCAGAACACCGAGGACAAGAUCUGGUCCAGCUACACAGAAUACGUUUUCUACCGUGGUCCAUCACGUUGGUCCUCCCCUCCAUGUGAUUGCUGCUGCAAGAAUCACAAGGGUGAUGGUGAAGGCGAGAGCGGCACCUCUUUCAACGAGCUCUCCACCUCCAGCUCAGAGAGCCAUUCAGAGGCCAGCUCUCCGCAGGGAACAGUGAUCUGUGGUCCAGUAAGCCGUCAGUCACACCCCCAUGCCAAGGUCCAAACACUGGACAGGCCACCAAAAAAGGGCCCGGUUCCCAUGCUCCAACAGUCUGAUCAGCGACGGAAGAGUGACUUGCUGCGCACUCUUACGGCCAGCUCCCGCGACACUAGCAUGUGCAAGAAAAGGCCUGUAAAAGAGAAGCUAACAGUUGAGGAGGAGCUAGAAAAAUGCAUUCAAGACUUCCGAAAGAUCAAGAUCCCAGAGAGAUUUCCUGAGAGGAAGUACAUGUGGCAGGCCGACCUGCUGAGAAAAUACCGGCUUUGAGCAUGGAAAUUAGAAGGAAGGAUGGAGCAAAAACAAGGCCAAGGAUGAAUUUAUGUGUUUUCCUUUUUUGUUUGUUUGUUUUCGUUUUUGUUUUUAGUGUGACUUUUGCAACAAAGUCAUGUUUCUUGGAGAAAACUCAUGCCAGGAAGCUGAAUGUCUUCACAGAAGCUAGAAAUAAUCAUAUAAACACUGAUAAUUCUCCUACUGGUUUAUGUAGUAUGUGUGUGUGUGUGUGUGUGUGUGUGUGUGUGUGUGUGUAGUUUAGACCUACUGCAAUCUGUAAGUAUGUGCUGUAAUAUGCUGAAUGCUUCAGAGCUUUGAAUAAUUUAUCCCAUUGGACCAAUGCAAGUGGGCUAACUGAUCAAUCAACUGAAGGCAUGUCGAUGACUGCACUUCUUGUUGCUGAUGGCUAAUGGACUGCCAUCACCUCAAUGAGAAAAACCUUACACAUGCCACAUUUUGUGUCCAAAAAGGAAAAUAUAUAUUUAUUAUGUGAAUGUGUGUUCGUAUGUGUGUUUGUGUGUGUGUGUGUGUGUGUGUGUGUGUGUGUGUGUGUGUGUGUGUGUGUUUGCGCCCAGGUGGCUUGGAGGUUACAGAUGAAUCUGCAUCAGGACCCAUUAAUAAUUCAUGCAGUUCCAACAGUGCUCUCACCAUAACUACACUCAGAGAUCUCUCCUGCCACUGAGGCAUAAACAGCUGGGUUGAUUAUUCUACUUUUUGGUAAAAUGACAACUUCUGAGGCAGGACAAAGUAUCAUUUCCGGGACAUCUCUAUUAAUUCCAUUUGUCAGCUUUUGCUUAUGUUGAAAAUGUGGCCCGUGAGUGUCAAACUGCUGUGCAUAGCUUUGAUUUUUAUUCUGCUGACUAGAUAUGGAGCAACACCCAGGUGUGAGGUUUCGCUUAAAGAAAUUGUCAAACUAUAGGGAAAUGAGUGGGCUCAAUAAACUUUGACAAAGAUAAAGCACAAAGAUGCAUACACCCUUUUAUCCGCUGAAAAUCAUCAACAUUUUCUCCUAUUCACCUUAACAGAACUCUCACCAACAUUCUUUCACACAUACAAGCUCACAUUGUGAUCAGUAAAAAGGUCAUUUAAGUCAAAAUGAGGCAGGAUUGUUGCAUUUGCUGUCAGCACAGACGGAUGCUUUCUGUACUUAACAUUGGCCAACUAAUCCAUAGUUACUGAUCAUGGGUCUGGUGAUAGAGCUGAUUUAUGUAGUUCUUGUUUACAGUUACUAAUAAAGCACGUGGCUUGCCAAAGAAGACAAGUUUAUGUAUUUAGUGAAUUAGGCAGUAUCCACAUAUGUUUAUAUAUUGUGUAAUUUAUUUGUCAGAGUCAAAGUGAUGUUUUACACUGUGGGUGCAGAAACUAAGGUGGAAAACAUAUUUUAUGGGAGCACACUUUAAGUACACAGUUUUAUUUUCUCAGUAGGUAAAUUGUUAUUACUUUGAGGUGAUUGCUGUAAAAUAUAUCAGUGACAAAAGAGUUUCAAAUUAUUCCAUGGUGCAAAUUAAAAUGUUAUAAUAGCAAAAAUACAAAACAAAACCACUGAUAUAUGAAUCAUAACAAAUUCCUUUUCAUGAUAGGGAACAUUUAAAAAAGACAUUGUUGCCAAAUUAGAUACUUUAAUUGUUCCCUUGUUUAACAGUAAAGGCAAUGUAUUGCCAGAUAUAUUAAAUAUUUAUAAAUCUAUUUUCAUUCAUGUAAAUCCCAAUAAAAAUUAGAAUUUCGGUUCCAAUACCUUAGAAGAAACCAUUCACAAUACACUUGGUUAAUAACUGCAUUCAUUUAGAUGCAUUAUACAUCUUUGCCACUAGGUGUCAUUAAAUCCCACAUACUGUACUUUAGGGAGUGACGAUUAAAAAGUUACAAAGGUAAAGCAAAUGUUUUUUUUCAUAGAGAAGAAUUUAACAAGCCACCUAAAACUGUUAUAGAAAAUAAAAAAAACAAAAAAAACAAAAUAUUUCAACAGCAAAACAAACAAAAAUUAAAAAUAGAAAAAAAAUGAACUCUUGCAAAAGCAAUGGAAGGUAAUACUACAAGCACUGUAGACAAAGUGCAGAUGAUGUAGGUGCUGUUAGAAGUUGGAAGACUGGUAACUUUCUCUGCUUUCAGUUAUGUGUACUUUGAACCCAACUUCAGGUAAAAACCGCAGCAUGUGUAUAUAACUUCAAAUAUACUUGUGCUAAAAUAGAAAAUUCCCUUUGUAAUUAAAAAAAAUAUGACUAAAAAUACAGAAAAGUACAGUUUUUAAACAACCACAGGUUUUUGCCAAGUUAAAUUUAUAAGCACACCCAUAUAAGAAGGAAAUCUGCAUAUAUUAUUCAAAGAACCAUCUAUUUAACAAAUCCAUAUGUGAAUAAAAAGGAUGAUUAAACAAUUUUAUUAUAGUUAUUUUUCUAUCCAAAAACCUUUAGUCUAAUAUAUUAUCAAAAGCCCUUAUGUUGUCCAUAAUGUAUUUUCUUUAAAAUAUUUUAAUAGACAGUUAAAUUCAUUAAAAUCCAAUUGUCUAUUAUGGUUUGUUAUGGUGUAGAAUGAAAUGGUUGCUUUAGGUGCUAGAUAUAAACCAACUGUUUUCCUCGUGACAAUACUUAUUUUUCUAAAUGGUUGGCAUAUUACAUUUUCACUUUUAAGUCAUGUGUCAUAUUAGUUGAAACUCAAUUACGUUAAUCAAAUCUACAUAUCAUAUGUAAAUAAACAGCAAAAAUCAAACAGAAACAUGUAUUAUAUUCUGUGUAUAUAAGAUGCAAAUCCUUGAGGCAUUGCUGCUACCCAGUAGUUCUAUGCUAGUGUCUUAAGCCCUGUCUUGUUUUAUGAUUUCUUAUGAGGCCAUCAGAGAUGAAAGUAAAUACAACACACACAUAUUUCAUAUGCAUAUCUGUGAUUUUUUUGAGAUAACAGUCAUAAAUGGACAACACAUUUGUGUCACAGUACUGCUGAAGCAGCCACUGAUGGCAAGCCUAAUCACAGCCAAUCAGAGCUUAAAGGCCUUAAAUCCUAAAGUAUCCAAUUUAAAUUUUGACCCGAAAAAUAUUGUAAACUGUAAAGCUAAACUAUACAUCCAACACUGGGCAUUAUAUGAAAGACUUUUCAUAGAUUUCUGCAAUUCGGCUAAAUCAAAACUGUAAAUUGGAGAGAAAAUGCUAGCCUCACAACGAGAUUCAAGAUCUUUCUUGUAAUUACAGAAGCAUAACAAAAUGCUGAGGAGUCUCUCGGCUUAAGCACACUUAAAUGAC